AUGUCCGGCGAGUCGGCAGUCACGGCCACGGAGACGGCGGAGAUAAAUCAGAAUGUCGAUAAGAAUUAUCGGAAGGAUUCCGAUUCAACAGUUACAGAGUUCCAGAUUCUGGCGGCUUUGCCAUCCUGCAUAACCUACCUCAGAGAAAAUGCAGACUCUUUCACCUUCGAGAGUGUGCGGAGGCUGUUGGAGGAACGUAUGGAGUUGGAGAAAUAUGCUUUGGAUGUGCAUAAAAGCUUUGUUGAAGAGCAUUUGAUCAAGUGCUUAAAAGAUUAUGCUAACGAUGCGGCUUCGGAAAAUUCUGAAGAGCACGUGGCAAAGAACGAUGUAAGGGAAGAAGAAACUGGUGGUGACGACGAUGAUGAGAAAACGAAAGGUUCACCUGAGAACAUAUCCAAAACGGUAGCUGAAGAUACGAACAACGAAGGGAAUAGAGAAGCCCUGAUGAGUGAUAUUAAGAGAGCUCUCCGAAAAAGAGCUUCUUAUAUUAAGGACUCUGCAGAGACACUAACAAUGUUAUCACUUCGUCGUAUUUUGGAGCAAGAUCUUGAUUUAGAGGAGGAGUCUCUUGAUCCAUUCAAAAAGUUCAUUAGCAAAGAAUUAGAUGAGGUUUUACAAAUUCCUGAUGCUCCAAACCGUUCGACUAAGCCUGCUGAGAAAAGGGUCGAGAGCACAUCAUCUAAGGAGCUAGGAAGUGACGAAAAUUCUGAAUCAGAUGCUGAGGAUGAUUUGGAUGACGAGGAAGUGGCUGUGGAGAAGACUGAGACCCGGAAAAGGAAAAACGAAAAUGGCGAAGCGGUAUCUGGGAAAAGGAAAGCAAAACGUAUAGAAACAGAUUCACAGAGUGACAGUGAUGGAGGAGAUGAUACUGAAAUGAAGGCAGCUAAUGGCCGUUUUCGAAAGCCAUUGAAGAUAAAGGAGGCUGCAACUCCUGUGCAUGGAAAGCGUGUUGAGCAUCUUAAAUCAGUCAUCAAAUCUUGUGGGAUGAGUGUUCCACCUGCACUUUACAGGAAAGUCAAGAAGGCUCCUGAAGAGAAACGCGAGGCUGCUUUAAUAGAAGAACUUGAGCAGAUACUUGCCAAAGAAGGGCUCUCUUCAUAUCCUUCAGAGAAAGAGAUCAAAGAAGUAAAGAAAAAGAAAGAUAUAUUGAAAGAGCUUGAGGGUAUUGAUACAAGCAACAUUGUAUCGAGUUCAAGGAGAAGAUCGACCUCUAGAUAUGUACCUCCUCUAGAAGCUGAGGAAGGAAGCCAAAGCGAAGAAGAAUCAAACAAUAAUGAUGAUGGUGGUGGUGGAGAGGAAAGCGAAUGA